AACGAGCCCGGCGCUCAGCCCGCGCCCGGCCGCAGCUUCCAGCCCUCCGCCCGGCUCAGCCCUGCCCUCCCGGCCCAGGGCAGCGUUCAGACGGGCGGUCCUUCUCCGCCGCCCGUCGCCUUUCGCUCUGGGAGGCGGGACGGCUCCUUCCCUCCCAGCGUCCGAAAGCGGCGGGGCGCGGAGCUCCGUGAGCCGGGGCCGAAGCUGCCCUGCGUGCCGCCCCGCCAUGCCGCGCUGCCCCGGCCGUGCCGCCGCGCUGCCGCCGCCACCACCACCACCACCAGCACUGCUCCUCCUCCUCCUCCUCCUCCUCCCGGCUCCGCGUCCCGCCGCCGCCGGCUGUGCCGCCCUGGGGCUGUGCUGCCCGGGCCGCACCCCGUCCUGUCGCAGCACCGGCUGGCGGCCCGACGGCUCCUACGGGCCGUGCUACUGCGACCAGGCGUGCGAGCACACCCUCGACUGCUGCCACGAUUACUCCCAGGCCUGCCCAGUUAUCCCCUGUGUUGUAUCUCAGUGGAGCGCCUGGAGUGGCUGUGCAGAGCCCUGCAAGACGACGUAUCGCGUCCGGAGGAGGCACAUCAUCCAGGAGCCCCGGAAUGGAGGAGAGGCAUGUCCUGCCCUGGAGGAGAGGGCUGGCUGCGUCGAGUACUGGACUGAGCAAGGAACAGAGUGUAAACAGUCCCUGAUCCCUGCGUUUAUAACAACAGGAGGGUUUGGAAAAGCAAGGAAAAAAAGAGCUGCAACCGAUGGCCGUGAAAGAGUGGGGUACUGCGUGGAGUUCCAGCUCGUGGCCAUCACGCAGGGCUGCCUGCACAGUCACCACUCAUACACUCACUGGAUGCAGUAUCUCAGGGAGGGCCACACCGUCUGCGUGGAGUGUCAGCACCCGGCCUUAGACUCUGAGAGUCUGCAUUGCUAUGGGGAUGGCAGUGGAAGCCAAAGGAAUCAGCUGUUGCACUGGCAGGCAGUGGGGAACCCUCGAUGCAGUGGAACAUGGAAGAGAAUUCGCCAGCUGGACACUUGCUCCUGUCCUUCUGUUCACAGCUUCUUGUUCAUUUAACUCCUGACAGUCCCAGCAAGCGAGCUCUGUGAUGGCUCAUCUGGCACAAACACGCAGUAGCAGUAGUAACCACAACCAAAACAGUGACUUCUCCACAGCAGAGGCUGUGCUGCUUGCUUUCAAGUUUGCUGUCUGCACUGGGUCACGCUGAGUGCUGUACUCAGUUUCCAAAGAAAUCAGGCUGGCUGUGAAGUAGCAGUCUCUGUAUAUCCAUUCCUGUAGCCACUUCUGCCUGACAGAGGCCUUUUUGACCCCCGUGACUUCUUUCAGAUCACCCCUUCCCUCACAUAAGAAAACAGAAAAAAAAUCUUUAUGAACCCAAGUUUAAUUAUUGCUUCCUAAAGUCUCAUUAAAAAAAAAAAAACCACAACAGCACAAAGUGAAUUAGCUCAAGUGUGCCCUUUUUGUGGCAAUAGCAUUUCCUCAUGGAUCCUUGUGCUCGUAUAUCUUUUCCUUCUUUUUUCUUUACCUCCCUCCCCCAGUCUCAUCAUUUCAUAUUGAUCUUCGUUUCAUAUUGAUCCUCAGUCUUACACAAGGUUGAUCUUGCACUGCUGAGGUAAUGACAAAACUUAGAAAUGAGCCUGCUCCGAUCUGUGAGGAUUGAAGGUACCACAGAUAAAUAGGAGUUGGGCUUCACAUUUCAAGGAGCAUCUUGGAGUUGCCCCCAGAUGCAGUGCUGUCCUGGAGUUCUAAAUAGCAAGUCAUUCCAGAUGGACCCAUGGAGGCUAGCUGUGGCCUUGUGUUUUUGUUUUGUUUCUUUUUUUUUUUUUACUAGAAAAUAUGUGAAUUGUUUUCUUUAUAUUGUGCUGAUUUAUAUUCACACUUUUCUAUAAGUGGAAAUAAAAGAGACUGGAGGUGUUCA